AUCAACUGUUAUCAAUCUUUCCCUGUAACUCCCAGGAUACAAAUAAUAAUAGUGAUAAUAUAAUAAGUAAAUUAAUAUAAAUUUGCCGUUUUUCUUCUUCUUCUCAUCUUACUCUACAUUUUAUUUCCUUUACUACAGUUUAACAUAUCAGUGUUUUCACAUUUUUUCACAUUGGCCAUUAUGUUUGUUGUAUUUACACUGGUUACAGGGAAUGAAAAAGGAUACCAAAAAUGGUUAAACUACCGGUUCCAAGUUGACCAUGAUUGUUAACUAAUUAUCAAUGUUUGUUUUCGCCUUGAUAUGGAUUAGAUGAAAAGUGUUGAAACAAAUGUCCAAAUCAAUGGUUCGUUGAAAUAUAUAUAUUUUGGUUAAUCUUGUAAAAAAUUUAAUCUCAAUUGAAUAUCAAGUAAGAAAAGGAUAACAUUUGCGUGAAGCAAGAAAAGGAACAUCAAAAUGAAUCAAAAUGAUGCCAAUUAUCGUUGGAGGACAGGUAAAGAUGUUGGUCCAAGUGGUCCACGAACGGUUCGUUUUCCGAUGGGCACUCCGUCAUGUCACUCAUCCGGAAAUCAGUUGAAUCAAUUGCUGCUCUCGUUGAGAGAGUUGAUUGAAUGGGUAAUCAAGAAACGAACCGAGUUGACCUCAAUGUCGUCCAUUGGCGGUGAUGUCUCGACAAUAUCUAAGCAACUUGAAGAACUGACUCUAUUCCGAAUGUCUCUUGAAGAGGAAAGGCCAGUCAUCGAGACAACCUUAAUGUCGGGUCGAUCAUAUCUGUCCAAAGAUGAUCCUCAAGGUUUGGAUUACAGUGAAGAUGAAGAUCGUUACAGGGUAAAUGGAGGCGAUGAGGAGGUUAUACGCAAGACGACUCGAUCCAUCCGUAGAGAAGUUAAAAAACUGACAGAAAAAUGGUCCGAAUUGUUACAAUUGACUGAACAACGACAACGAAGAUUAGAUGAUAUUCUUAGGAAAAUGAUUACACUGCAAAAACAAAUGGAUGAUUUAACUGGUAAACUUCACAUGGCUGAGAUAAAUAAAAGCAAAUGGCUACCAUUAAAUGAUAUUAUAUUGGAUCGACUUUCAGAACAAUUAUCCGAGCUUCAGCUUUUUCGUGAUAUUAUUUAUAACUGUCAAAUAUUGGUUGAAUCAAUGAAUGAUACAGCUUCACGAAUUACUGGUUCAAAUGUGCUUCUUUCUCAUGUCAAUUUAAACCGUUUGGAGGAAUUGAAUACUCGCUGGAAGUUGAUCCAAGUGGCUGUUGAUGAAAGACGUAAAGGAUUGGAAGAGGCAAUGAAAGAUUCCAACUCAUCUGUGGGUCAAUCCUUUCUCAAUGAUAAUCUUGAACAUCCAUGGGAACGAGCUGUGGCUCCAAAUAAAGUACCUUAUUAUAUCAACCAUUCAAAUGAAACUACUCACUGGGAUCAUCCUAAAAUGAUAGACUUGAUGAAUUCAUUGGUUGAAUUUAAUGAGAUUCGUUAUUCUGCUUAUCGAACUGCAAUGAAACUUCGAACCAUCCAAAGAUCUCUCAAUAUUGAUUACAUCCAUUUGGGAUCAUUAAUCAAAAUAUUUGACGGCCAUGGACUCCAUGGACAAAAUGAUAAACUAAUCAGUGUGCCUGAGAUAAUUAAUUGCCUGCAAACUGUUUACGAAUCAACUGUAACCCCAUCUGAAGCAGCUCCACUUAUCGAUAUACCUUUAUCAAUUAAUCUUUGCCUUAACUGGUUACUCAAUUUGUACGACACAUCUAAUCGUACUGGUUUGGUUAGAGUUUUUUCAUUCAAAAUUGGUUUGAUAACUUUAUGCAAAGGAGCUCUCGAAGACAAGUAUCGAUUUAUGUUUAGGUUGAUUGCCGAUGUUCAUGGAUUCGCUGAUGAACGUAAAUUGGGCCUGUUAUUACAUGAAUUAAUUCAAGUGCCUCGCCUUUUAGGGGAAAUCAAUGCUUUUGGAGGACCAAAUAUUGAACCAAGUGUACGAUCCUGCUUUCAAUUGGCUGGUUACAAGACUGACAUUGAUUCAACCGAUUUCCUAGUCUGGCUUCAACGUGAACCUCAAUCAACCGUUUGGUUACCCGUAUUUCAUCGGUUAGUUGCUGCUGAGGCAGCCAAACAUAAAGCUACAUGUAAUGUUUGCAAGCAAUUUCCCAUCAUUGGUUUUCGCUACAAAUGUUUACUCUGUUUUAAUUUUGACAUGUGCCAAUUGUGUUUCCUUUCUGAUCGAACCGCUAAAAGUCACAAGAUAACUCACCCAAUGCAAGAAUAUUGUCUAACCACGUCGUCCGGUGAAGAGGUUAGAGAUUUUACUCGCAUCAUUUGUAACAAGUUCAAAUCUAAAUCACAUUUUGAGCGUAACUACAACAAGUACAGUUAUCUUCCUGUACAAUCAACUAAUGGUAUUCACCAUGGUGAACUUGAAGGUGAUUGUCUUGACGAAAGUUCACCAAUGCACAAUUUAACUCAUCAAAUUCCCGUUGACAUGCACUCCAAGCUUGAAUUGUACGCAAAUAGGUUGGCAGAAGCUGAGCUCAACAAUUAUUCUGACCAGGUUAACCUAGAUGAACAGAAUGAUGUUGAUCACCAGAUUAUGGGUCAAUAUUGUCAACCAUUGAGCUCCGAUUAUGCUUACAACUUAAACCAAUGUAAUCCUGGUCAAAUGAUGGGUCCUAUUGAAACAGAAGAUCGUAAAGAAUUGGAAUCCAUUAUUUACUCUCUUGAACAAGAAAAUAGAUUACUUCAAGCUGAAUAUGAAAGGUUAAAAGCUGGAAAGAAUCAAGAACAACAACAACACCAACAACAUCAUAUAUCAAAUGGGAAAGCAUAUUCAAUGAAUCAUGUUGAUGGGUUAAUAGGGAACGAUUUGGCUGCAUAUUCAUCAUCAAACUCAAGCAGAGAGGAAGCUUUAAUUGCUGAAGCUAAAGCCCUACGAUUAAGGAAAGAUGAAUUGGAAACGAAAAAGCUUCUACUUGAAGAGCAGAAUAAACAAUUGGAAUCUACUUUGAAAAGAUUGAGACAAUAUUUAAAUGGAGAAUCUGAUGAGAUGGUUACAACCAAUUUACAUACAAUCCGGAGUACAGGUUAUCCAUCCUUUCAUCGAACCUCAUCAACACCAAGAUACUAUCACAAUACUCAUUACAAUAGUUCACCAUAUCGAUCUAAUCAUCAUUAUCACCAUCCACCUUCACCGCCGUCUCAUCAUCAAUCAAACCCAUAUCUAGAUGAAAUCAGAUGAUUGAUGUAAGACAAAAUGACCAACAAAAAAACAACCAAACCAAAACCAAAAACCAGAAAAAAAACUCCAACACGAACAAAGCUUAUUACAUUGUUAUUUGCCAAAGAAAAGCACCUUUUUAAAACCUAAAUUGUGAUACACCAUUUAUCAACAUUAACAUGUUAACUACAAUCAAUCAUAUCGCAAUACAAUCAUAAUCAAUUGAUGAACCAGACAAGCUUACCAGGUUGUUGAUGAUUUGAUUGAAAGUAAAAAAGAAACAUUUCAUAUCAACUACAUUUUAACCAUACACAAUCAUUAUACCUCAUAUUGGGAUUGGCCUUUGAUUUUAAACAAGACAAUUAGUAUUACAACAACAAAACCAUGACAAAUCGACCAAGAAAAUCAAAUGUUAUUCAAAUAUCGAUUGUUUUCUUUUUCUGCCAAGUUUUGAGUUAGAAUUUGAUUUAUCUUGUUGUUAAUGAUGUUACUAGUGGAAGAAGACACCAAAACAUAUAGUCUAUCGAAUAGUCUAUUCAGUUUCUAAUGUUUGGGUGUGCAACUUUGUUUUAUUUUCAAAUCAUUUAUCAACUCAA